GUUUUGUGGAGCAUCGAAGUUCCGAUGGCAGGAGGCAGAACUGCAGCAGCGCAAGCAGGAAGUCGCCUACCUGAGUUGAGCGGGUGAAAACGGAGCGUGGAUAUUUAUUAGUUGACAGUCUGACGAGCCGCUGCUGCUCCCGACAACAUGACAGUCACGAGUGCGAACGGCAACCUGAAACUCCUCAAACAAAAUGGAAUGAAAUGCGAUGAAAUUAAGCGAAAUGGCUUCCGCGACAGGAGAGAGACAAAAGGCUCAGGGAGUGGAAUCGCCUCCAGGCAGCACCAGCAGGAAUCUUUUGAACAGGCGCCCAUGUAUGUGGCUGUUAUGACAUACCUCGGCUUCGGUAUUGUCACCUUAUUUGGCUACCUCCGGGAUUUCCUCCGCUCUGUGGGCUUAGAGAAGUGCAAUAUUGCUCAGGAGAGAGAGGAGCAGAAGAGUUUCACCCCACUCUACCAAGACUUUGAGAACUUUUACACUCGGAAUUUGUACAUGAGGGUCCGGGACAACUGGAACCGACCUGUUUGUAGCCUGCCGGGACCUGUUUUCGACCUCAUGGAGAGAGUUUCAGAUGACUACAACUGGACAUUCAGAUUAACCGGGAAUACGCUUCACAAUGUCAUCAACAUGGGCUCGUACAACUACCUCGGCUUCGCAGAGAACAAGGCUGACUUCCUGAGGACCGUGGCUGACAAGGCCCACCAGUACGGGCUAGGGGUUUGCAGCACGAGGCAGGAAAUAGGUAACCUUCAGAUACACGAAGAUCUUGAGAGAUUGGUGGCCCGUUUCCUGAGAGUGGAGUCGUCGAUGACGUAUGGAAUGGGCUUCGCCACCAACUCCAUGAACAUCCCAGCACUGGUGGGAAAGGGCUGUUUGAUCCUGAGCGAUGAACUCAAUCACACUUCUCUCAUCUUGGGGGCUAGAUUGUCGGGAGCCACCAUCCGGGUGUUCAAACACAACAACAUGCACAGUUUGGAGAAGAUGCUCCGAGAUGCCGUGUGUUCAGGCCAGCCACGGACCCACAGACCCUGGAAGAAGAUCCUCAUCAUGGUGGAAGGCAUCUACAGCAUGGAGGGCUCUGUGGUCCGGCUCCCUGAGAUCAUUGCUCUGAAAAAGAAGUAUAAAGCGUACCUGUACCUGGAUGAGGCUCACAGCAUCGGCGCGGUGGGGCCGACGGGCCGCGGUGUGACUGAGCUGUUCGCCGUCAAUCCGGCAGACAUCGACGUGAUGAUGGGAACCUUCACAAAGAGCUUUGGGGCUGCUGGAGGCUACAUCGCAGGCAAAAAGGAGUUGGUAGACUAUCUGCGCAGCCAUUCUCACAGCGCCGUCUACUCCUCAGCCAUGUCUCCCCCAGUCGUCGAGCAGAUCAUUCGUGCGAUGAAGUGCAUCAUGGGAGAAGAUGGAACCAAAGAAGGUAUCCGAAGGAUCCGGCAGCUGGCGGAGAACACCCGCUACUUCAGGGCCAGACUGAAGGAGAUGGGCUUCAUCAUCUACGGCAACGAUGACUCACCGGUGGUUCCCAUUCUCCUCUACAUGCCCGGCAAAGUUGUGGCGUUUGCACGAGAAAUGCUCGCAAGGAAAAUCGGAGUGGUGGUGGUCGGCUUCCCAGCGACUCCCAUCACAGAGGCCCGAGCUCGAUUCUGCCUGUCGGCCGCACACACCAGAGCCAUGCUGAACCAGGUGCUGCACCAUCUGAACGAGGUGGGAGACACUCUGGGCCUCAAGUUCUCACGGCGGAAAUAUUCCCCGCGGCCUGACCUCUACGACGAGACAGACUUCGAACUGGACAGCUGAUACGACCUUUGACCUCUUGGCGCGACUGUGUCAAAACUGCAAAUGGACACAGCAGCACACAGCGGAGGAACCGGCCAAGUGUUUGGCAGCUGCUUUUUAUAUUUUAUAAGAGAUGUUAAAGGGCAGAAGAUGAGCGUGAGAAGGACACCUCAGUUUUUACUUUUAUUUAUCAGUGCCUCUAUUUUAUACACCGCCUCCCCCAAAAAAAAGAAUCCGAAAUUCAUACAGCUACUCAAGCUUGUUUUUAAUUCUUCGCCUUGUAAAAUUCACGUAUCAGAAACAGAACUUUCAUCACAGUUUGUCAACAAUGAGUGCACAUCAAGAACACUUGAAAGACAGUUUGUUCAAUAAAUGUGUUUGGAAUAAUUAUUUAUUGAAAUGGUCUAUUCUGGAAUGUGUUUUUGAUCUGUGUGUUCUCUAUGUUUUUCCGUACAAAGCUCUUGUUCUUGCUCUUUUUACUCCAGCUCUGCUGAGGUCCUACUCAUUUCUUGAGGUCUGAACCCUGCAGCUUAUACGACACAGCUCGUAACUGGAUUUGACAAUAAAGUUACCUAACCUAAUUUCAGGCUAAAGAGUGUCAUGCUGCCAAAAUAUUGAACCCUGUCACAUCAAACCGACGCGAGGAGCUCAUGAUUCAAGUUCAGAACAACUUUGUUUCAUGAAUUUCAUGCUGGAUCCCGUUUUCAAAACUACUUUAGAAGUGAUCCUCGUGCAUUUUUAAGGCAGGUGCACCACUGACUUUUCUACGGUGCAGACCGCACCACUGCACCUGCGGAUUACGUAUGAACAAUAUCUAUUUUUCUUCUUAAAUUUAGUAGGUGCGGCAAAUAUUCCUGUGCAGUCUACAGUCAGGAAUUUACGGUGUACUUAAAUGUUUUAUGUAUGUUAAAUGAUUUUU